GACCAAAACGCGGCCAAAGCUCGGCGUUUUGGUCCGGUCAACAGACCCGUCAGACAGCCGUCAGUCUUUGUCUGGUUGACCGGACCAAAACGCCGCACUUUGGUCACACCUCGACACUGCAGGGUGUGCCAAUAGGCAAAUGGGUGUGCAAAUAGGUACACCCAAAACAAAUCCCUCUCUUUUCCAAAUUAAACAACCGGUGUUUGGAAUACUGCACACCAGGCGACCACCGUUGCUCCGCCACUCAGACCGCCGGCGGUCUGCCCGGAGAUCUUCAUCGCCUUCGUUGUUGCUUUCUCUCAUCUCCGUCUCUUAACCCAAAGAAGGCACAAAAAACCGAGGUAUCAAAAUGGUCGGAUUUAAAAACAGGUACAUGGUGAUGGAGGUGUUUAUAGAUCCAAAUAAAGAUAUUUCAAAAGACGAUCCCAUUAUUCUUAGCCAACAUAACAUAUCCAAAGCAAUCAAAGACAGCAUUCUUGUAAACUUUGGCGAGUGUGGUCUUGCUUCAUCGCUAGUCUCAUUCCAAGUUAAAUAUGUUAACCAUAUCACUAAAGUAUGCAUUAUCAGAGCUUCAAGGGAUGAGCAUCAAAAAGUUUGGGCUGCAAUUACUAUGGUCAGAAGUGUCGGAAAUUGCCCUGUGGUUUUUAACUUAUUGGACCUUAGUGGGAACAUUAGGGCAUGUAAAUCGGCAGCAUUGAAUUGUGAAGAAAUGAAAUUUGAACAUUUAAAGAUUGUUUCCGGUGCUCUCCAAACAGAGGAUAUAAAUAAACAUAUGCACAAUCUCGAGAGAAUCAAGAUGUUAGAGCACUGAAAGCACAAGUACUUUAAUACACUUUUCAGGCAAGCUGAAACUACAUGCAAGGAAAAAACUUAUAUUGUAUGUUGCUCUUUAUGUUAUUGGAACAUAUAUUAUACUAUUAUAACACAUGUUCGGGUCAGGUAUUAUUUUUAUGUACCUGUCGGGUCGGGUCAACCCCACACCUUUUUUGUUUUUACCAUUUUGAUUUACAAAACAAUUCAUGUAUUAAAUACAAUGUGUUCAAGAACAAGCCGUUCACCGA